CCCUUAACUGCAACUCCACUGUCUUUCCGUACUGGCAAGCAACUAGGAGUUAAGAAAAUGGCCGAGAAGACAAGCGAUCGCCUGCUUGUCUUUGUCAAUGGUAAAAAGAUAACCAUCAACAAUGCAGACCCGGAGACGACGUUACUGUCCUUUCUCAGAGAGAGCUUAUGGCUUACGGGAACCAAGUAUGGAUGUGGCGGAGGAGGAUGUGGAGCGUGCACUGUCAUGGUGUCCAGAUACGAUGCCCAGACCAAGAGCAUCCACCAUCUCUCUGCCAACGCCUGCCUCAUGCCCAUAUGCCAGCUCCACGGAGCAGCCGUGACCACUGUCGAAGGAAUCGGUAACACCAAAACCAGAUUACAUCCUGUACAGGAGCGUAUUGCGAAGGCACACGGCUCUCAGUGUGGGUUCUGUACUCCAGGGAUGGUGAUGUCCAUGUACACACUGCUGAGGAACAAACCCAAACCCUCCAUGGAAGACAUAACAGAGGCUCUAGGGGGUAACUUAUGCAGGUGCACAGGAUAUCAGGAGAUUAUUGAUGGUUACAGAACCUUCUGUGAGAACAACAACUGUUGCCAACAAAAUAACAAUGUCUGCUGCAAGUCCAACGAAAGCAGACUUUUGGAACACGACAAGAAUGGCAAGGUGGAGCUCUUCCGUAAAGAGGACCUUCUUCCUCUAGACCCCACACAGGACUUAAUCUUCCCACCAGAGCUCAUAAGAAUGGCUGAAAGUCCGGAGCAAACCACUCAGAAGUUCCACGGGGAACGGAUGACUUGGAUCUCCCCCAUCACCCUGGAUGAGCUGGUCCAGCUGAAAACUCAAUAUCCACAAGCCCCUGUUGUCAUGGGUAACACCAAUGUAGGACUGGAUAUCAAGUUUAAAGGGGUCCUCCAUCCCAUAAUAAUAUCGCCCACUCGAGUGAGGGAACUGUUUGGAGUUGAGCAGAGACCAGAAGGUGUGUGUAUUGGAGCAGGCUGCAGUUUAUCCACAGUGCAGAGUGUGUUGGAGAGGUGUGUGUGUUCUCUCCCAGCAGAACACACACAGACAUACGCCGCACUGCUGGGACAGUUACGGCACGUGGGAGGACAACAGAUCCGCAAUGUAGCUACUCUGGGUGGCAACGUUGCCAGUGCGUAUCCGAACUCUGAUCUGAACCCCAUCCUUGCUGCAGGAAGGUGCUCUCUGUUGCUGCAGACCAAAGAGGGAAAGCGCAGAGUUCCACUGGAUAAGGAUUUCUUUGUGGGUUUUAGAAAAACGACUCUGAGACCUGAUGAGCUUGUGUUGUCUGUUUUCAUUCCGAUUUCCAGGAAGGGCGAGGUUGUCCGUGCAUUCCGUCACGCUCCCCGUAAGACCAAUGCCCUGCCGACGGUGACCACAGGCAUGCGCGUGUGGUUCCAUGAUGGCUCAGACGUAGUGCGGGAGAUGAGCGUGUACUACGGAGGAGUCGGAGCUUGCACCUUCUGCGCAGAGCGCACGAGCCAGCAGGUCACGGGCAGGCCAUGGAACGAGGCAACUUUAAAUGAGGCGUACAGGGUGCUGGUUGACGAGGUCACUCUAGGGGUGUCGGCCCCCGGGGGUCAAGUGGUCUUCCGCAGGUCGCUGACCCUCAGCCUGUUCUUCAGAUUCUACCUGCAUGUGCUCCAGUACCUCAAAGACAUGAACCUGAGCGUGGCCGAGGUCCCCUGCGAGCAGAACAGCGCCAUGGAGCCCCUGCCCUGCGUCAUAGGGCCGGGCUACCAGGAGUUCCAGGAUGCGGUAGAGGUGCGGUCGGCCCAGGACCCUGUGGGUCAGCCCGUGCCGCAUUCCUCUGCUCUGACCCACGCUACAGGGGAAGCGGUCUACUGUGAUGACAUCCCACACAUGAACAGAGAGGUCUUCCUCUCUUUGGUCACCAGUACCAAGGCUCAUGCUAAGAUCAUCCACAUCGACGUGAGUCGAGCUUUAGACAUGCCUGGUGUGGUGGACGUGAUUACGGCCAAAGAUAUUCCAGGCCAGAAGUUUCAAUCAUUUACUGGAAUCAAUGAGGAAGUACUGGUUGAAGAAGAGGUGACCUGCGUGGGUCAGAUAAUUUGCGCAGUCGUCGCGGAUACAAAGCAGCACGGCAAACUCGCGGCAGCAGCACUGAAGGUCACUUACGAGGACCUGCCGGACCGAAUUUUUACCACAGAGGAGGCAGUGGAGCAGUGCUCCUUCUACGCGCCCCAGAGAACGCUCCAGAGGGGAGACAUACACAUGGCGUUCCAGGAGGCUGAGCACAUUUACGAAGGAGAGAUCCGUGUGGGCGGGCAGGAGCACUUUUAUAUGGAAACGCAAAGCAUGCUGGUCAUUCCUGCGAGGGAACAGAAGGAGGUGAAAGUCUAUCUGUCCACCCAGCACCCAACGUGUGCCCAGAUGUCUGUGGCAGAGACCCUGGGCAUUCCGGCCAAUCGCGUGUCUUGCCACGUUAAACGGGUCGGCGGGGCGUUCGGUGGCAAAAUCACCAAAGCAUCCAUCCUGGCCUGCAUUACUGCGGUGGCAGCCUGGAAGACCGAGAGGCCUGUGCGUUGUGUCCUGGAAAGGGGGGAGGACAUGCUGAUCACAGGAGGUCGCCACCCCGUGUUGGGGAAGUACAAGGUGGGCUUUAUGAAUGAUGGCAAAAUCAUUGCAGCUGAUGUCCACUAUUUUGUCAAUGCAGGGAACACGCCUGAUGAGUCUGUGCUGGUUGUUGAGAAGAUGCUAGUUCAACUGGAUAAUGCUUAUAACAUCCCGAACCUUCGUGGUCAGUCAGUUGCGUGCAAGACCAAUCUGCCAUCCAGCACAGCUUUCAGAGGUUUUGGUGUGCCACAGUCCAUGGUUGUUAUCGAGAACAUGAUCCACGAUGUUGCCAUGACGCUUGGUCGCCCCGCUGAAGAGAUCAAGGAGAUGAACCUGUAUAAGGGCUUGUCCCGCACCCACUACAAGAUGGAGUUCGACCCCGAGAACCUGCACUGCUGCUGGGUGGAGUGUAAGAAGCGGUCUGAGCUCGGGCGUCGACGGCCGGCUGUCGCCGAGUUUAACCGGCGGAACCGGUGGAAGAAGAGGGGCAUCGCCAUGGUGCCCAUCAAAUACGGCGUGGGAUUUGGACACUCGUUCCUACAGCAGGCAGCUGCACUGGUGCACAUAUAUAAGGACGGCUCUGUGCUAGUAAGUCACGGGGGGAUUGAGAUGGGCCAAGGCCUACACACCAAAGUCCAACAGGUCGUAAGUCGUGAGCUGAACAUCCCUCUGUCUCUCAUCCACAUCUCGGAGACGUGCACGAGCGCUGUGCCCAACACAAAUCCGACCGCGGCGUCCUUCGGCACCGACGCCAACGGCAUGGCUGUCUGGGAUGCUUGUCAAACUCUGUACAAAAGACUGGAGCCAGUCAGGAAGAAGGAUCCCAGUGGCACAUGGAAAAGCUGGAUUGCUACAGCGUUCCAAGAGAGAAUCAGCCUGUCGGCUACCGGAUUCUACAGAGGCCAUGAGCUGAGUAUGGACUGGCAGAAACAGGAAGGAAGGCCAUACACGUACUUCACAUAUGCUGUCUGCUGCAGUGAGGUGGAGCUGGACUGUCUAACAGGAGAGUACAGGACUGUGAGAGCAGAUAUUGUCGUGGACAUCGGGAAGAGUAUAAACCCAGCCAUCGACAUCGGCCAGAUCAAAGGUGCAUUUAUGCAGGGCCUGGGUCUCUACACUAUGGAGGAGCUGAAAUUCUCCCCUUCCGGCUCCUUGCACACGCGUGGUCCGGGUCAGUAUAAGAUUCCUGCCGUGUGUGACGUGCCGCUGCAGUUCAACGUCUACCUGCUACCCGGUUCUCAGAACCCCUUCGCCAUCUACUCCUCAAAGGGCAUCGGGGAGCCCAUUGUAUUCCUGGGCAGUUCAGUGUUCUUUGCCAUGAAGGAGGCCAUCACCGCAGCCCGGACAGAUGUGGGUCUGAGUGGACCGUUCCCUCUACGCACCCCCGCUACGCCAGAACAUGCCUGCCUUGCGUGCAACACGCACUUCAACCAGAUGAUCCCAAAAAUGGAAGCAGGAACUUCACCACCAUGGGCAAUGGAGCUCCCUUGAUGCAGUUUAAACCCACAAUCACAUCCGCUUCAAAAUGAUAUGGUUUAAACCAUCUGUUGAAAGUAUUACAAAAUUAAAGCAUUAGAUAAUUAAACAUGAGAUUUGAUUUAUUACUAUGAAGUCUUCUAAUGUGCAGGACUAUACUAAUUAUUUUAGCCAUUUUGCUCACAUAGAUUAAUUUCAGGAAUUUGUGAUCUUUUACCAUAAAUCUGCCUAAAUUUUACUCAACAUUCAUUUGAGAUUGCCCAAUAAAUAGAAUUGUUCUGGUUAUAGCCUUGAUGAUGAUGUGUUUUAUUAGCAUUUAUAAUUAAUCAGGAGUCUUGUGGGCAAAAAUAAAUAAAAUCCUCUGAAAUUAAUUACUAUAUAAACCUGGAACACUCAGAUUACAUGUGCUAGUUUUAUUGAAAUGACCAAGUUAUAGAUUUUCAUAUGUGUAAUCAAGAAAAAAUCUACAGUGUCAAUAAAUAAACCGCUUAUAUGAA